CUGUCUGUAAGUUUCAGGAGUAACUUGUUCCUGCACAUGCUGAGCAGUUAAACUGUAACAAGUGACUGCAGUUCUGGAGCAGAGGGCAGAUGGUUAUAUAAUUAUUUAGUUAUCAGGAAAUUGCUACAAUGUCAUGGCUUACACACACACACACACACACACACACACACACACACUCUUUCCUGAUCUCUGAUCUGAACUCAUACUGGAGUGAUUAAAGAGACAUCAGAGGCUUCAGGGUGAAGAAGAAGAAGAAGAAACACUUUAUGGACUGGAGAAGCUUCAAGUGUCAGUGAAAAUGCUUGUGUACAAACUGCUGAGUUUAUAUUUAAUGCUGCUUUUUGUGGAUUUAAACCAACAGCCUGCUGCAGCUCAGUCCUGUGAGGGGCGCUGUGGUGAAAAGUUGUUGUCCUGUUCCUGCCAACCGACGUGUGAGACCUUGCUGAACUGCUGUACGGAUGUGAAACAGUUCUGCCUAGAAAUCUCGCCACACUCCGGCUCUCUGCUUGGAGGAACCGACUUUAAACUUCUCAACGUCAAGUUUGACCAGAACCUCAACCUCACCUGCAGGUUUAAAUCCGAGAUUACGACGCAGGGAUAUGUAGAUACAGAAGGUGUGGGUCACUGUAUCUCUCCUCUGCUCUUCGAGUCCGGCUGGAUCCCGUUUAAGGUUUCCACCGAUGGACAGAACUAUACACGAGCUGGACGAUGGCUCUCAGUGCACCACAGUAAGCUGGAUUUGACGUAUAAGCUCCUCCUGGUGAACGGGACGCACUGGCAGUAUUACGGUACUCCGGGGGUCUCAGGGGUUCUGAUGAUGGUGUGGAAUUCAUCGCUAAUUAAAGCAGAGAGAGUAAACGUCGAGCUGUGGGGCUAUGACGAGUUCGGAACGCCGUAUUCUGAUCAGUGGAGGGCCGAGUGGAGGUAUCUGUACACUGUUGGAAGGAACGUGACCAAUAAAGGGGUCUUCAGUUUCGUCCCAACGGCCAGUAAAAUGCCCCUGGCGCAGUGGCACAUGGGCAGCAUGAGGGUCGGUCCGAGCACCGAACCUGAUGGUGCAUGGAACGUGAACGCUCUGUGGAAUGGUGAUCAUGCUCUGGCGUAUCACCUAGAGGAGACCUUCAGGAAAGACUCUGCAGCUUGGGCUUUGGAAAAGUGCCUAAAAUGGGAUGAAGAGGAAAAACUGAUGCCCAGUUUCCUGCCUGAGAUCAUCGAUUGCCCCUGCACGCUGGCACAGGCCCGAGCCGACACGGGCAGAUUCCAUACUGACUACGGCUGUGAUAUUGAGAAAGGCAGUAAGUGCACUUAUCAUCCUGGAGCUGUGCACUGCGUUAGAGCCAUUCAGGGCAGUCCAAAGUACGCAGCCGGACAGCAGUGUUGUUACGACAAAACUGGAGCUCAGGUUCUCACUAGCGACUCGAUCGGAGGAAGUACCCCAGACCGAGGGCAUGACUGGGGGUCACCACCGUAUAAAAAGCCCCCCAAAAUCCCAGGAUUUUCUCACUGGAAGUAUGACGUGAUCACAUUUUACUAUUGCUGCCUGUGGUCCGAUAACUGUGACUAUUAUUUCACACAUCGGCCCUCCAGCGACUGCAGGACGUACAAGCCUCCUAAAGCAGCAUCUGUUCUUGGUGAUCCUCACUUCAUCACAUUCGACGGUUCCAGGUACACGUUUAAUGGUAAAGGGGAAUACGUUCUGCUUAACUCAUCAAAGUUCCAGCUGACAGUGCAGGGCAGAACCGAGCCAAUGAAAUCAGAGAAUGGCUCUGUCAUCAAGGUGACGCGUCUCUCCUCAGUGGCCAUGAAGGAGAAUGACUCGGAUGUCAUCGAGGUGCGUCUCACAGAUAACCCAGAUCGCCUGCAGGUCCUGCAGAACCAACGGGUGCUUAGUUUCUCUGAACAGACCUGGAUGGAUCUUGAAGGCGUGUUCGUAUUCUCGGCGGUACCCCAGAACGUCACAGUGAUGUUCCCCUCAGGCGCCGGGGUCGAGGUCAGAGGUCGUGGAGGGCUCAUGACCCUGACUGUUUUACUGCCACAGGAGUUUCAGGAGCAAACGCAGGGCCUGCUGGGGAAAAUGAACGACAAUCCUGAGGACGAUUUGACCUCCAGCAAUGGGACGGUUUUGGAAGAAGGCAGCAGCGCUCAGGACAUUUUCAUUUUCGGAGCAGGAUGGGCCGUUACAAACGAGUCAUCUCUCUUCACCUAUGACUCGGAGCACCUCCUGAACGAGUACAACUUCUCCCCGAAGCACGAUCCCUCGUUCAUCCCACACUUCUCGGUGAAUGAGGACACGUCCGAUCCGCUCCUGAGUCCCACGCUGAAGAUGUGUGUAGGAGACGGAGCUCAGUUCUGUAAAUACGACACGCUAAGCACUCGCAGUCUGGAGGUGGGAAACGAGACGCUGCAUGCCGUGCGAGCCUACACAGCCAUGACGCAGGACCUGCGGCCUGUGGUGUCCUGUGGCUGGCUAAAGCCGCCCCUGUACGGGCACAAAGAGGGAACGCUGUAUUUGGAGACGGCUGUUGUCAGAUUCUCCUGUAACCCUGGUUACCGGCUGUACGGCUCACAGGAGCGUGUGUGUAAGGAAGACGGAAGUUGGUCAGGGGACGAGACACACUGUGUUUCAGAUGACAUUUUGGGAAUCGUGUUGGGUAGCGUCGGUGCCGUUCUCACCCUGGUUGUCAUGGUGAUCGCGAUCGUCUUCUACAACCGGAAACAGAAGAGAGAAAGAAUUGAGAAGACAGAAAACAAUGUUUAUCAAAACAACUCUUCCAAUCUAUGAAGCUCCUCAGCCACUGCACUGACUCCUUCAGUUCAACGUGAGAUCUGAACGUGCCACAACGCAACUGUGCACAAGAUCAGUUUGUUUCCUUGAAGAUUUCAUUGUCAGCACUGACACCCAUGUGGCAUGUUUUCUAUCAGGGCUGACCUCAGUAGUAUAAGAUUGUGUCUGGAGGAUAUAAUCAAAUGUUUUGUAUGAAAUAAUAAUCAUGAAUGGACAGAAUACUUUGAGGAUGAAAAGACUGAUGAAUAUUAAACAUGUGUAGUAA